AUAAAAUGCCGACACAAGAAUCGGACCCAACCAGUCUUAAUCGGUACACGAAGGCUCUCUUUUCCCUUCUUACUUCGAUAGGCUCGGAUUUGCUCUCCUCCCUAUCCGCAUCUUCUUGAGACCAUGAAGCUCGUUCCGAUCUUGUUGCUCGUUGUCGCGGUUGUCUUCGCCGCCGAAGAGAAGGAUGAAGAACGUCCCAAGACGUUCAGAAGGCUCAUCCCUGCCGACGUUCUUCGCGAUUUCCCUGGCAUGUGCUUCGCAUCGACGAAAUGCGCAACCAUCGAGCCAGGAAAAACUUGGGAUCUGUCGCCGUUCUGCGGACGUUCCACCUGCGUGCCGGACGAUGAGGGUACUGGCCGCUUGUUCGAGCUGGUGGAAGACUGCGGGCCCCUGCCGAUAGCCAACCCGAAAUGCAAGCUCUCAGAGAAGACCAACAAGACCGCUCCAUUCCCAGACUGUUGUCCGCAAUUCGAAUGCGAAGAGGGGGCGAAGCUCGAGUACCCAGAGAUCCCAACUUUACCGCCACCAACAAAGAUCGUUGAAGCUGACAACUCCCCGAAGGCUGCUCCACCGAAAGCUUAACUCUAAACACAGGAUGCGUGGCCUCUACAAACAUAAUCGAACCUUUGUUGAAUAGUCAACCAAACAGCAAAAACAUGCAAUGACCAUAGAAACAAUAUGUCAACGAAGUUAACGCUAAACCUACCGACCUUUCAUUUGUAUCUAUUUCUAUCGCGAUCUGUCAAGUAACUGGUCUUUUGCAAAGAUAUCUUACAUAAUACUGAAUUCGAUAAUAGACGAAAUCAUAUAAAAGAUACGAAAAAACCUAUGUGCUAGGUUUAGCGUGAAUUACAUCAUUUCUCUUUCAUAGCAUUAACAAUUUCACCCUUAUUCGAUCUUGAGGAACCUCCAGGAAGAAAAACCAAAAUUGACGUCAAACAAAAGUACCGAUUCACUGAAAAUUGAAGAGAGUAUAAGAUUGAAGAAAUUUGUCUGGAAAAAUAGUUGUUGAUGAAAUUUAUUUAAGAGAAAAGCAUUGCAUUGUUGGGAUAGAAAUUCAUACCUAAAACGAAAACGCAACAUAUGUUGCGCAUCGAUGCAUAUUAUUUCAUCGCGAGGAGGCAUACUACCAUCGCAACUUCCUAUUACCCUUCAACGUGAUUCUAAAUUAAAAAUGAAAUUUGUACGGAAGAAAAACCAAGGGUCCCUUAAUGUCAGAAAAUCGGCAUUGUUUCACAUGAUCGUGUCCUACUCAGUCUCCUAGUCCCGGAAAUGAGAUUUAGAUGCUACCGUCCUUAAUUUCGCUUGUAACGAUUACCCAAUAGAGAACUAAUUUUCUUUCAUUUUCUGAAAAUUGACAGUUCUACGUAUGUAAUGUAAAAACAUGUGUGAUUGUAAUUAUAUGUAAUUAAAUAAAUAUAUAUUUAAUUAAAGAUCCAUCGGUACAUACCUUUCGCGCCGCGCUUUCCACGCUAGUAAGUAACUUAAGGGUGGUUUCUACUUUGCAAUCAUGACAAACAGGUAGUCUGGAAAAUUGAAGAAAAUGAAAACUCUCGAUAAGAUAUUGCCAUAAGAUAUCUCUUGGCAAUUCCUUUAGACUUCAAUGAUGUCAUUCAAUCUUGACACUUUAAUUUUCUUUAUAAACACUUUCAAGGGACCUAUAAAUCUAUAAAUCUAUAAAUCUACAAAUUUAUAUCAGUUUAUACGAACCUUGUAUUGGUUAGAUAACGUAGAUUAUCGGCGUAACACCUCUUUAUUUUCCGCAUUUUUUAAAUGCUUCCUUUACAAUUUUCGAACGAAAGCAUCCAAUCAUCUAACUUGAUUGUAUCGUCCUCGAUGUUGGUAUCGUAAACGGAGAAACGAACAUUUCGUUUUACUGUUGCACAUGUUGGCAGCACCGAAAUAUUCCUCCAGCGACAUUCGCUAUUUAACCAAAUUUAAUGGACGUGAGUACAAGAACCGUGAAUUGAUUGGAAUAAACGUGAACGUUCGAGAGACUGUGCGUUCUACCAAGGAAUCUUCCAGUAGUCCUUAACGAAGAUGAGCGAGCUCGUUUGGGCGAUAAAAAAUGGUGAUUUGGAGCAAGUGUGG